AGUGCGCAAAAGCGCUCGCUGGAAUGGGUAGCUCCUGUGCCUCAGCCCGGUCAUGGUGUGUGGAGAGAGGUGGCGGUAGUCUGCAGCACUGAACUCCGUCUAGUCAAGUUGAUUUAGCCAUGUUACCACACAAAUGGGUGCUUUGCGUCCUGAUUGCUCUGUCUGGUCCCCGAAUUCACUAUGCAUAUGUCGUCAACCGCUCUGCCAGGUCCAAAGCUUCAGAGGAUGCUCGUUCACACACUCCCUCCAGUUCUCCACUGACAGAGUCUUGUAAAAACAGGUGUUUUGAGCUGGUGGAGGCUGAGGCUCCUCAGUGUCGCUGUGACAAUCUUUGCAAAACAUACAACAAGUGCUGCAAAGACUUUGAUGAGCAGUGCUUGAAAACAGAGGGUGGCUAUGAAUGCAGUAAGGAGCGGUGUGGAGAGACUCGUAAUGAGCAGCACGCGUGCCACUGUUCAGAAGACUGCCUGGCCAAAGGAGACUGCUGCACCAACUACAAGAGCCUCUGCAAAGGAGAUGUCCCAUGGCUGACAGAGGAGUGUGAGGACAUCAGGAGUCAGGAGUGUCCUGCUGGGUUUGUUCGGCCUCCUCUGAUCCUGCUAUCUGUGGAUGGUUUCCGGGCCUCAUACAUGAAGAGGGGUGACGGCAUAAUACCCAACAUAGAGAAACUAAGAACAUGUGGAACUCAUGCACCCUAUAUGCGGCCAGUCUACCCCACUAAAACCUACCCAAAUCUCUACUCUAUUGCAACGGGCUUGUAUCCCGAGUCCCAUGGGAUUGUGGGAAACUCCAUGUAUGACCCCGUGUUUGAGUCCACCUUCACUAUCCGCGGCCGAGAGAAACUGAAGCAUCGCUGGUGGGGUGGUCAGCCAAUCUGGAUCACGGCUGAGAAGCAGGGAGUGAAAGCUGGCACCUUCUUCUGGCCAGUGUCUAUUCCUCUGGAGAGGAGAAUCUUGACCAUCCUCCAAUGGCUCAACCUGCCGGAUGCAGAGAGGCCCUAUGUGUAUGCAAUGCACAACGAGCACCCGGACGUCUAUGGACAUAAACUGGGACCGCUAAGCAAUGAUCUGAACGGCGCCCUGAAGGAGAUGGAUAAGGUGGUGGGCCACCUGAUGGAGGGCUUGAAGCAGAUGAAGCUCCAUCGAUGCGUGAACAUCAUCCUGGUCGGAGAUCACGGAAUGGAAGAAGCUCACUGUGACAAAACCGAGUUCCUGAGCACCUACAUGACAAACGUGGAUGACAUCUUCCUCAUCCCAGGAUCUCUGGGCAGAAUUCGAGCCAGAAACCCCAAUAACCCCAAAUAUGAUGCCAAAGCAGUGGUUGCCAAUCUCACAUGCAAGAAGCCGAGCCAGCACUUUAAGCCCUACCUGAAGGAACACCUGCCCAAGCGCCUACAUUACGCCAACAACCGCCGCAUCGAGGAAAUCCAUCUCAUGGUGGAGCGGAAGUGGCAUGUUGCUCGGAAGAUACCAGAGUCCAAGAAACACCCGUGGAAAUGUAUGCUGUAUGGUGACCAUGGUUACGAUAACAAGAUCACCAGUAUGCAGACUGUCUUUUUAGGCUAUGGACCAUCAUUCAAUUUUAAGACAAAAGUUCCAGCAUUUGAGAACAUCGAGCUGUACAAUAUGAUGUGUGACCUGUUGGGCCUGAAGCCGGUGCCAAACAACGGCACCCACGGCAGCCUGAACCACCUGCUGCGGCUGCCCCCUCACAAGGCCUCCAUGCCAGAGGAGGUGUCCAAGCCCACCCCCUCGGGACCCUCCGGGGUCGUCACCGAUGACCUAGGAUGCAGCUGCGAGGACAAGAACAAAGUAGAAGAGCUCAACCAACGAGUGAGGCAAGCUAUGGAUGACAGCAAGAAUCUGCCUUACGGUCGCCCAGCUGUAUUGUUUCAAACCAAAUACAGCAUCCUGCACCACAGUGACUAUAUCAGUGCUUACAGUGACGUGCUCUUCAUGCCCUUGUGGACCUCAUACACUGUGGGCAAACAGGUUGAUGUGACGGCGCUGCCAGAGGCCCUCAGUAACUGUGUGAGGCCAGACUCCCGCAUCCCCCCAGCGUACAGCCAGUCCUGCACCGGCUACCGAGCAGACAAGCAGAUCUCCUACGGGUUCCUCUACCCACCCCAGCUGGCGUCGACCCAGGAUACCCGGCUUGAGGCUGUCCUCAUCACCAACACCGUGCCCAUGUACCCGGCCUUCAAACGUAUGUGGACGUUCUUCCAGAAGAUGCUGGUGAAGAGGUAUGCCAGCGAACGCAACGGGGUCAACAUCGUCAUCGGGCCCAUAUUCGACCAUGACAGCGACGGGAUCAGAGACACAGCAGAGAAGAUGAAACAGUACGUGAGUGGCUCAACAGUGAUCCCCACACACUUCUUCAUCGUGGUGACCAGUUGUCUGGACUACACGCACACGUUGGACGCGUGUGACGGCCCGCUCAGCGUGUUUGCCUUCAUCCUGCCUCACCGGGCCGACAACGAUGAGAGCUGUAAUAGUUCAGAGGAUGAGGCCAGGUGGGUGGAGGACGUGAUGAAGGCGCACACGGCGCGGGUUCGAGACGUGGAGAUCCUGACGGGCCUGGACUUCUACCGGCGCACCAGCCGAUCCUACGAGGAGAUCCUGUCCCUCAAGACCUACCUGCACACCUACGAGAGCGAGAUCUAAGACAACAACAACAACAAACAAACAAAUAAACAAACAAACACAACAACAAAACCACUGCACCCCUGCACUAUUGCCCCCUAAUCCCCUGCCCCCACCCCUACCCCAACGUCCCAAAUCAAAACAAAAACACCCCAAAGGGUUAGGUGUAUAUUUUUAUACAAGCUUUCCAUAUUUAUUAUUCUUUGAAUGGCUAACCCCCCC